AUGGCGGCGCUGAGGGCAGCGGGGGCGGCGCUGCUGCGGCCGGGCGGGGGGGCGGCGGCGGGGGUGGGCUACCAUAAGAAGGUGGUGGAUCACUACGAGAACCCGCGCAACGUGGGCUCUCUCGAUCGCAACGCAAAGAACGUGGGCACGGGCCUGGUGGGCGCCCCGGCCUGCGGCGACGUCAUGAAGCUGCAGGUGGAAGUGGAUGAGAACGGCCGCAUCGUUGAUGCUCGCUUCAAAACCUUUGGCUGUGGCUCUGCCAUCGCCUCCAGCUCGCUGGCAACAGAGUGGGUGAAAGGGAAAACGGUUGAUGAAGCAUUGAAAAUCAAGAACACGGAUAUUGCAAAAGAACUUUGCCUUCCUCCAGUCAAACUGCACUGCUCUAUGCUGGCUGAGGAUGCAAUCAAGGCUGCCUUGGCUGACUACAAGUUGAAGCAGGAUCCAAAGAAAGGAGAGUCUGAGCAGAAAGCAAACUAAUUCAUAAAUGGACUGUAGAGGUUGUCUUCAUUCCAGUUAAAUUUGCAGUGCAAUUAUUCUAGCUUUUAAUAGAAUCCUGUGCACUACUCGAGAAGCUGUAAAAUACGCACAACUCAACGCACAAUGUGUCACUGCUCCUGUGUGUGUAGCCACCCUGGUAGUGCUUAAGUGACUGGAACGUGGGUAUUUCAGCAGCCUUUGUCCUGUUGGGACUGGUUUUGAAAUGUCAAAAGUGAAGGACUGCUCCACUGCCGGGAACCCCAGUAGCUUCUUAAGAGAGAAAGAAUCCUGCUGUUCCAGCAUUGGAAGGGCUGCACUUUUUUCUUCUGGAAAUGUAUAGUUUUGCCUAUUGUUUUACAGAGUUUGGUGGGAAACAUUGCCUUGGUCUUGAUGUAAGAUCCGCAGGUCACUAUGUAAUUCAUUGCAGUAUAUAAGUUUUGGGUGGUUUGUCUGCAGCUGUGUUGGAGUUUGGUUUCACAAUCUGUGACCUCUCACAUGCUGUCUAUCCCCUGCGUCAUGCUGCUCUCUGGGAGGAGCUGGGAUGCUUCAGCAGGCACUAGAGGGCACUGACUGUGUGACUGUGGGAGGUGAGCACAUAGCAACUGCGGUUGGGUGCCAGGAAGCACAGACCCAGCAGCGUUGGCAGGUCUUGUUUGUGCUCAUAUCCUCCAAUAGCAGGAGAGUUAACGUUGGAGCAUCUUUUAAAAGCAUUCAAACCCUUCAAUUUGCUAAAUACCGUUAAAAGAGAUUAAAUACACACUGAGGAUUCAAACACAGAAUGCAAAUAGCUUAACUGGGAUGUAAUACUGAGGGGAAUCUCCCUGGAAGACCAGGAGUCAGUCUGUACUCUCUGGGGGUGUCUUCUGAACUUCUCCCAUCCCCUCCAAAGCAGAGCUAGCAGUCAGUGUUCUUGUUACUAAGCCAGGGACAGAAGGGGAUCCUUACCUGCUGCAGGAGCUGAUUUUGGAUGCUAUUUCUGACAGCCUCUGUUGCCUUUAGUAGUUUUAGGGCUGGAUUCUCUUCAGCUGUGGAAGGAAGUUCAAAAACACAGCCUGGCAGAUGCGCAGCUAAAGCUGCUUGAACUGCUUUGCUGGAGAGGUGAGUUGUGGAGAGAGCAAGGGUAAUGCUCACUAAGUGAAAGAUUUGCACACCCACCACAUGAGCCGGCUCCCUGGGAGCGUGGGGCACAGCAUCAUUUCAAAACAAGCGUUUUAUGGCCACACAGCAUGGCUUACCCUCUGUUCUUCAGGCCUCCGUGCUCCCCUGUGCCUCACGCUGAUGGCUAUUUUCCAAGGGAGCGUUGCCACAGAUCUUCAAAUCAAAAGAUAAUAACACUUGAAAAACCUCCCCUGCUCUUACAGAUUUAAAACAUCCUCACCCCACACCCCGCCCUAUCUUCCUUUCCAGUUUUCAUACCUAUAUGAUGUUUCACAGCUGCAUUAAAAACAAUGAGUUUGAAAA